UAUGUUUGAACAUUUUGCCCCUGAUGAGAAAGCUCUGGUUUUGCGAGUGAGAGAGAGAUUGGGAUUGGGAGAGAAAUGGAGGCGGUGAGAAGCAUGGCGACGAGCGUGAUUGGGAACAAGGAUAGGGUUGUGAGCUUGUUCUUGGUGGGUGCUUUCGCAGUGCUAGGGUUCCGAUCGGCGGCGCAGCAGCGCCAGAUUGAGACCUUGGAGGAUGAGAAGGAGUCACUGAGGAGUGGGAACAAGGCCAUGUCCACGACCAUGUGGGAGUGGCGCCAGAGCCUCUUUGCCCUCGCUGAGUCGGACCCUUUGUCCUUCCCUAUUCCCCUCGCCCGCCUCCGAUCCAUCUACUCUGAGGAAGACCGCCGCCAAGCCUUCUCCAGCCCUCCGUCUGAUAUUGAUUCUGGUACAGGAGAAGUCACAGCACAAAGUUCAGUUAGACUUGAAUGAUUCGAACAUGCAACUUUUGUUUCUAUCAUGUUCUAAGAUCUAUGAGAAGGAUUUUUUUGAAUUUAAUUGAAUUAAGAGAUUUGACAAGUUUACCAUAUGUUCAGAAUAUCAACCAGACCUUUCAUGGUAGUUGGUUUAUACUGGUAAUACAGUUAGUUGUCCACCCAAAUAGCUUGGUGAUGUUGAAACAUGGUUAUAUCAAACUGUAGAUAGACAUUAUGUCAAAGAGAUAAGUUCUUUAA